AUGUAUUCUUCAAUAAAGACAGGAUUUCGAGCAAGGGUCCGUCAGAAAUUGGAAGCAUUUCGAGGAAAGCCGAGAAAGCAAAGCACUCAGGCCGAAGGUCCCCACACGACUAAUGAUUCGACUUCCCCGACUCAAGGGGAAUCUGAAUAUCAUGACACUGCAAAAGUUGUGGAAGAGAAUGGGCAUGUCCCUCCUAGCGGGGCCACGCAACAAGAAAAGCCACAAGCGAACGAAAACGUUCUUGAUCAUUCUAACCAGAAGGUGGCCUCGACAGAAUGUUUGACCACCAUCCACAAUACCCUAUGGAACAAAGCCUACAAUAAGAUAUCGCAGGAUCCAAAAAAGGCAAAGUAUCUGCAAGCAUACGAAAAAUUGGUGUUGGCGGUCUUUCUCGAAACGCCCAUCUCUGAUGCAGCUGGUGAAGGUAUUAGUCCUCGCUUAGAUUUGGAAGAAGAACGAAUGCGAGCGAUAGUCGCAAGGGCCCUGAAAAGGAUUGAAGAUAAUAAAAAUGUCAUGGAGACAAUGAAUGAUGUUUCCGGUGUUUUAACGCAAGUAAAGGCAUUCCUUGACAUUCCAUUACAAAGCAUCCCACAGACCGCACUUCCGUGGGCAGUGAUUUCUUCCACAAUUGAUAUUUUGAUCAGGCCAGUCAAAGCAGCAGCAGAUCUGUAUAAUGGAGUGGCGUACGUUGUUUCCCGAAUGAGCUGGUAUUCAAAAGCUGUAGACAAGCUGUUGAGUGACCAGAAUAUCAAGAACAAUACAUCACUGGGAGAGAUGAAUCACAGUCUCGAAGCUAGAAUUGUUGAUCUCUACGAGUCAAUGCUUUUCUACCAAAUCAAGAGCGUCUGCUUCUAUUACAAAAGUCAACUUCUCGUUCUGCUCCGGAGCUUUCUCGAUUUGGAUGAUUGGAGCGGGAACCUGAAUGCUGUCAAAGAUGCAGAAAAGGUGCUUCAAAGCGACUUCACCCUCUAUAACCAAGAACAUAUUAAGGACCAGAUCAGACAGAUAACUAUAGCCAGUGAGCACCAAAAAGACUUAGACGAAUACCGCAACUCUGAGAUUGGAGAUAUACAAGCCCGAAAUGAGAGCAUCAUAGAAGAGCUGUAUACAUGGAUUUUUCUCACGAAUGAAUACAGACAGUUCAGCAAGUGGGAUCAUAUCACACCUGCACGUUUGUGGAUGCUGGGGGAUAAAUGCUUGAAACGAGCCAUCAUUAUCAUUGAUGCCAUGGAUGAAUGCGAGGAGAAAAGCAGAGAACUACUGACUAGAUUCAUCGAUGAUGCGUCCUCGGCAGAAGAGCUGCUCAAUAUAAAGUGGCUCGUCUCCAGCCGGCCACUGCCAGAAAUACCAGCAAGUGUGCAGGACCCCACUCUGCCCACACACAGUCUUCUGAAGCUCGAUGGACAUGACAUGUCGCACUCUAUCGACAGAUAUAUUGAUAUCAAGAUGGUUCAGCUUAGGCAUAAGGCACGUAAGAAGAAUCGUGUCGAGGAACUAGCUGCUAAAUUGAAAGCUGAAGCAAGCAACACUUACAUCUGGGUGUCAUUAGUCUGCAGAGAGCUCAUUAACUCCCACGAAUUUAUGUGGGCCGAAAUUGUCGACAAAAUUCCAAAAGAUUUGGAAGACCUCUAUGGCUACCUGCUAGAUAGAUUGGCCAAUUUAAACUCCGAAAUUAUGUCAUCAUGCUGCAGGAAUGUCCUCAUGGCUGCUAUGGUUGCUAGAGAUCCCCUGGCCUUGUCCGAGAUUGAAAUUCUCGCAGAACUUCCAGAGGGUGAAGAUACAGCGGAAGCAGUCGUCCAGGAAUGUCGGUCCUUUCUGACCAUUCGAAACAAUACCGUGUACCUGGUCCACCAAUCAGCGCAAGAUUAUCUGCAAAAGCAUUAUCGAAGACUCUACAAUGUCUCGUCGGCCACGCUUCAUCACCAACUGUAUAAGAGAGCCCUCCAUGGUUUGAGAAAGAACUUGAAGCAAAACAUAUAUGGCGUGUCUCAUUACGGAAUUGCGAUACAAGAUGUGCAAAUCCCCAAUCCAGACCCUUUGAAUUGUAUUCGGUAUGCAUGUCGCUACUGGGUCUAUCAUCUAGUUCAAAGUGGCUGCACGUCCACAGACAUGGAGGAUAUUCUUUCGUUCUUCAACACACACUUUCUUCACUGGCUAGAGGCAAUGGGUUUGCUGGGGCUGUUUCCCGACAUUGUGAGGCUUGUCGGUCAAUUGAAAUCCAGUUCAGAAACUAAGAACGUGCCGGUACUGUUGGACUUUCUAAUGGACGCCGAAAGAUUCAUAUUGCAGAACCUGCCAAUUGCGACCGCAGCGCCUCUCCAGCUCUAUGUCUCCUGUCUUAUAUUCUCGCCGGAGAGAAGUAUUAUCAGGUGCAUGUUCCGAAAGAAAGUCUGCAAAUGGAUCCUACGAACAGUUGGCACUGAUAUGGAAUGGGGUGCGCUGCUCCAAACACUUGAGCAUUCAAAUCGGGUAUGCUCUGUUGCAUUCUCUACAGAUGGACAGCUGGUGGCAUCGGGCUCUUCAGAUAAAAUGGUCAAAGUCUGGGACUCGUUCACAGGGAAUUUACAAAAGAUACUUGAUCAUCCAAGUUGGGUUAGAGCUGUGGCGUUUUCACCAGACAACAAGCUACUAGCUUCUGGGUUGAGUGAUGGUAGUAUCAGGCUAUGGAAUACAAUCACAUGGCGUGAAACAGGAAGACUCGAGCAAUCUGGAGACAUCGCUCAUCUGAUGUUCUCUCUGAAUAACCAGCUAUUGGGGUCUGCAUCGUUCAAUGGUGUUGUGAAGGUGUGGGAGAAGGGGACGUGGAGACUUAGGUGGGAAUGGCGACCCUCGGGCUCAACGUCAUCGCUCGCGCCCACGGCCAUUUCUCUAAAUGGUCAGGGAUUGUUAGCAGCUACAAUACGCGCCUAUGCUCCUAAUACAGUGGUUUUGGUGAAUAUAGAGAGCGAUACUAUAGUGCACGAGCUCGCUCACUUGGGCAAGAUCACGAAUACGGCAUUUUCCCUUGACAACCGGAUGUUGGCCUGUACCUCAGAUGAUAGAACUAUCACACUGUGGGACACUGCGACUUGGAAUAUCAAGCACACAAUUCAUGACGAACAUGUGCUUGAUUUGACCGUGUUUUCCCCGGAUAGCAAUCUCAUCUCUGCAGGACCAUUGCAAAACUCCGUUCAACUGUGGAGCACAAAAUCUGGAACGCUAGAACAAACACUAAAGGGUCAUGUUAACCAUGCUACAACUGUUGCCUUCUCACCUGAUGGCCAGUUGGUGGCAUCGGGGUCAUAUGAUAAUACAGUCAAGCUAUGGAAGGUGGCCCCCGGGAGGGAGGAGCCAAGCAUGGAUUAUCACUCAGAGCCAAUAGAAGGUGUGAUACUUUCACCAGAUGGUCGGUUGGUGGCAACAUACUCUUUGGACUUCACAGUCAAAUUAUGGAGUGCAGAGAAUGGGAGAUUGGUGCGAACCCUCAAAGGCCACCACGACGAAGUGACAGCAGCUGCCUUCUCUCCAAGCAGCAAGCUACUCGCCUCUAGUUCAUCUGAUCGGACAGUCAGAGUAUGGAAUACCGAGAACGGGCAACAGAAAUGGAAAUUCGACCAUGGUAGUAAAAUGCUAUGUCUGGUCCGUUUCUUUGCGGAAAACCAAGUGCUGGCUACCGAUUUCGGGAAAAACACAUUUCGAAUAUGGAAUACACAAACAGGACACCCUGAACAGACUGGUGGCAUCUAUGAUCCUCGCAUUCGAAGUAUACUUCCCACCAAUCCUACAAAACAAGACAUGUCUGCCAAGUGCAAGAUCUCUGUUGAGGACGACUGGGUUAUUCUUGGUAAUAAGAAAAGUAUUUGGUUGCCUCCAGAAUACCGAAACAACGAAUUUGACAAUGCAUGGGCAAAUCGGGAGAAUGCUCUUAUAAUUGGGGCUCAAUCCGGCCGAGUUUACUUCGUUUGGUUUGAUCCAGAUGCAUUGAAAGAUGUAUGAUAUGCUGACAGAACCCCAGGAGAAAGAAUAUCCUUCAACUCCUGCAAAACCAAGUUAUCUUCACUUGUGGUUAUGUUUCCUUUUUUUCUGUAUUUUGUCUUGAUCUCCUGGUCUUCCUCUUUCUUCCGUUUCAUAUUUCACUUUUGAUCAAAAUAUGUACACUUCUGCGGCAGGUCCAAGUGCCGCACAAGGCUUCAUUCACGCUGAGCAGCGUGUACAGGCUAGACAUGCCGGAUUGAUUGAAAUAAGAUGUGUUGGAUAAGUUGUGCUGGUGAGCACGGGUACCUACUUUCUUCAUUCUUCUAUAAUAGAACAACACGGGACAAUACUACAGUGUUUCAGAAAAUAGGCAGUAAUGUAUUCCUUCCCACCUACCACCAACCCAACCAUCUAUCGUCUACCACAAACCCACUCCAGCCAUCCACCCUUACACAAUCGUAACAUUCGUCACCGCAGUCCCCACAACAAACUCAUACGA